AUUGGGUCACAUGUGACCCGGGUUGAGCUAGUCCAGGUGUCGGAGGCUGCAGAGGAUCCCCAGCCGCUCUCGCGCUCGAACGUGUGGCGCGCGCUCGCCGCUCGCGCAGAAGAUGGAGCUGGAGGCGGGGAGGCUGCUGCUGCUGCUGCUCCUGCUGCUGCUCUGCUUCUCGGGCCGCGGAUCCACCAUCGACACCGUGAACGUGGUGGAUUUCUGCGGACAGACCAUCCGCAGUGACGGCAUGAUUGUCAACUCGCACCAGGACUCCAAGAAGUACUACUUUGUGAGCAUGGCCACCGACUGCCACCUCACCAUGCAGGCCAGUUCUCCCAAAGACAAGGUCCAGUUCUACUUCCGCUUCUUUCUGGUCUACAGCCUUCUAAGGGUGGCACCUCUGAGCCCUGCCCCUUCCUUCCCAGAGUCGCCACACGGCUCCGCCCCCCUUCCCCCUCGACUGGAACCCACAUCUGGUGAGGUUCCAGGUGACCCCUGUCACGCCGGCUCAUACCUACAGUUCUACGACGGCAAAGAAAAAACGUCCCCCCCUCUGGGGCCUCGUCUUUGUGGGAAGAGCCCCCCUCGCCCCAUGCUCUCUACUGGAAACUUCCUGACCCUGAGGCUAGUGACGCGGGGCACUCAGCCCAGGGUGGAUUUUGUGGGAGACUUCACAUCCUUCAGGCUGGGGUUUAACCAGUCCGAGUGCAGAAGCGAGCCCUACUUCACCUGCAGAAAUGGGAAGUGUAUCCCAGUCAGCCUGGUCUGUGAUGACAAAGGCAUCGACAACUGUGGGGAUGGAAGUGAUCUGGAAGAAAACCUGACAACAGGCUGCAAAGCAGGUCAGUUUUCACCUCCUGAAGCGCCCCUGCCAACAGGAACGACACCUCCACCCUCUUUGAGUCCACCUGCAGAGCCGACCAGGCCACACACAGACUGUGGUGAGCCAGUCAGUCCUGGGUCAAAGACAGGUGGGGUGCCUCCCUUGUCCCUGUUGGUCUUGUACGUCACGCUGGGCACAGCAGCUGGCGGCAUCCUGCUCUGCUGGUGCUGCUGGUCACCUGGCUGGUUCCUGUGGCGCAUCAGCAUCUGCCGCUUUCUACCUUGCUGCAACUCUGCAUGCGCUUCCUGCCAGCCAUGUGCAUGCAGCUGCAUCCACAGCAAGGAGCAUCGAGUGGGAAAAGUCAGCCCACACACACCAGUUGACAGGUCUGCAACAGGCACAGCAGCCUCUGACAGUACAGAAGACAACGUUCCUACUGUAGCUGUGUAAAGGGGGACUUCCUGUGCACCAGCUCCCACAAAUGUUGGACCACAUAAACAAUAACUGUGAGGACUGAAAAGAUGCAAAGAUGUAGAUUAAAUCUGCAGCCGCCUUUUACAAAACUGAAACAUGUGCAUAGGGGUCAAUGGUUAUUUGUGAAACUGUUCUGCCCCAACAACAGGGAUUGUAGGUGAACAGGGAGCAGGACACUGCAUUUCCUAUCAACAAUUAAGGUAGUGAAGGGUUUUUUGGUGUACUUUGUAACAAAGACAGGGGCAUGGCCACAUUUUUGAAUGUCAAUCCGCGGAGGCUGCAGAGCUGGAAUCAUCAUCAAUGCUUAAACCACACCCCCUCUCGAGCAGACUGGUCCCAUCUUUGCAACCAAAUGUCUCAUUCUAAUACUUCUGGUAGUCUUCAAUGGCCAUCAUACAGACUGGGGUUUCAGAGGCAACCCAAAGGAGCCACUGAUUUUCUACCAAACUUGUUGGAGCAGAACCACUGAUCCAAACUUUUGAUUUGCAUAAUUUGGUGCAGUAAUCCAAAUGAAAAAUAGCAAAUCUAAGGUCCAUAAUCUAGAAGGUAGUCUAAAGAAAGAGCAUGGGGGAAAUUGGGGAAAAACACACACAGUGAAAGUUGACAAAACUCGUGGUAUGAUGAACCACUGUAAUUCCUAAUGAAAGUACAGGGAGCGUGAAAGAAGACUGCUGGAAUGUGGACUAGGAAAAACAAACUGCCUAUGAACUUUCGAAUAAGACCGUCUUUAAAGUGGAGAAGCACAGAUGCACUGCAUGGAUGACAAAGAAUGGAGCGUGAGCACGUAUGGAAUGCCAAGAAGGACAAAAAGUGCCAGACUGGAAGAGCAUUGUCAUGAAAAAUCCAUACUUAGCCCAACCCGUUGUGGGAAGGCCCUUCAAGUGACUGGACGUCUGCAGUUGACUUCACAAAAAAUUUCAAAAGGGUUGUGACCAACAAGCCACUUCCACAUUCUGAUAGCUUGAGAAAAGCCCAUCACUUUUUAUUUUAUAAUGAUAAAAUUUAUUCCAACAAGAAGAAAAAAAUCAUACACUGUGAACUACCUGUUAAGAUUUUAAAUAUGAAGAUCUACUUUUUGCACAUACAGUGGCUCAAACUCAGCAGAAAGAGCAAAAGUGACAAAUUAUUCACCAGGAUAGAUGAAAAAUUCAAACACUGAUAGACAUAGAUAAAAAAAAAACAACCAUAAAUAGAAUAAUUAUCAUGUAUGAUAAUUAUUAUUAUGAAUGAGUGAUGGAUGAAAUCAGUGUGUGUUUCCUUUGCCAUAAUUGUUUUACCCUACACACUGACGCGCCGUGCAAAUCGCGCUGCAGGACCUCUCGCACUUAAAUGAUUAAAGAGGAUGGUGGGUGGGGUGGGGGAGUUCUCCUUACCCUCACGAAUAUGGGGGGAAUACUGUACUCAGAUUACAGUGGAGCUAACGCCUCCUGCCAGUGACAGAUGAAGGCAUGUUCAUUCAUAUCAGAGCUGUUACUUGUUGGUUCUAAUGAAUCCCACAGCAUCCACAUUGAUCCCUCUGAUGAUUCAAUUUUUUAUUUGUAUAGCCCAAAAUCACAACAACAGUCGUCUCGAUGGGCUUCGAAGUAAAAUGAUCAUCUGAUUAUCAUCAGAGAUUCGUAUGGAUACUAUACUGACCUUCAUGGGUUACAAAAAGGGAUGUAGUUAAAUGUUUAUAUUGUUUAAUGAUGGCAAAGCAGGGUACAGCAUGACAGUAGAAAAAGUUUAUAAAUGUGAAACGUUACAGGAACACAUUUAUUGAUUAGAAGAAUCUCAAAUGUGAUACUAUGGGAGCACUUUCAGAGUUAAAGACUGCACAUAAAGCUUAAGAACAAUAAAGU